GGUAGUUGGGGCCAGAUUUUAUAUGCUAAGAUGGUGUUUGGACCUGGAAGCUCUCUUUUACUCUUGCUGUUAGCCUUUGGACAACAUAUUAAUGCAAUUAGUUCAAGGGCUCAGGGCUCGACGGGCAUAAAACCUUAUUUCCCUUCAGUCGGCUUCUUUGAUCAAGGGAAAGACAUCCCUGCUCAGCUUCAGAGUGAUGGUCCUGCUGGGACCGCUUCCUUUGGUUCUCCUGCUAGUCCUGGGAGUGCCUACAAUAAAGUGUCCACACACCUGAUCUUCCAGAGGCCAGUGAAUGAUGAUAAUGAAGACUUGCAGUCCAGAAUUGACACCAGCAUACCUUUCCAUGGCUUCACAUUACAAGCCAAGAAACCGAGGUCCGACACACCUCCGCAGCAGGCUAGCUACCAGGUGCCCCCCAAGCCGCAGCAGCAGGCUAGCUACCAGGUGCCCCCCAAGCCGCAGCAAUAUGCUGGCUACCAGCCGCAGCAGCAGGCUAGCUAUCAGGCGCCCCAAACUCCGCCACAGCAGCAGGCUAGCUACCAGGCGCCCCCAAAGCCGCAGCAGCAGGCUAGCUACCUGGUUCCCCCAAAGCCGCAGCAGCAGGCUAGCUACCUGGCGCCCCCAAAGCCGCAGCAGCAGCAGGCUAGCUACCUGGCGCCCCCAAAGCCGCAGCAGCAGCAGGCUAGCUACCAGGUGCCCUCAAAGCAGCAGCAGCAGGCUAGCUACCUGGUUCCCCCAAAGCAGCAGCAGGCUAGCUACCUGGCGCCCCCAAAGCCGCAGCAGCAGCAGGCUAGCUACCAGGCGCCCCCAAAGCCGCAGCAGCAGGCUAGCUACCAGGCGCCCCCAAAGCCGCCGCAGCAGCAGGCUAGCUACCAGGCGCCCCCAAAGCCGCAGCAGCAGGCUAGCUACCAGGUGCCCCCCAAGCAGCAGCAAUAUGCUGGCUACCAGCAGCAGCAGCAGGCUAGCUACCAGGCGCCCCCAAAGCAGCAGCAGCAGGCUAGCUACCAGGCGCCCCCAAAGCAGCAGCAGCAGGCUAGCUACCAGGCGCCCCCAAAGCAGCAGCAGCAGCAGGCUAGCUACCAGGCGCCCCCAAAGCAGCAGCAGCAGGCUAGCUACCAGGCGCCCCCAAAGCCGCAGCAGCAGGCUAGCUACCAGGUGCCCCCAAAGCCGCAGCAGCGGGCUAGCUACCAGGCGCCCCCAAAGCCGCAGCAGCAGGCUAGCUACCAGGCGCCCCCAAAGCAGCAGCAGCAGCAGGCUAGCUACCAGGCGGCCCCGCAGCAGCAGCAGGCUAGCUACCAGGCGCCUCCAAAGCAGCAGCAGGUCUACCAGGCAGCCCCUGAGCAGACUAGCUACCCGGCGUCAACCCAUCUGUAUCAAGACUACCAGGAGCCCCUCAAGCCCCAGCUCUACAGGGUGCCCCGCAUUCAGCAGGGUUACCAGGGAACCCCAAGCAGACUAGUUACCAGGCGCCCCCAAAGCAGCAGACUGGUUACCAGGCGACCCCCAAGCAGCAGACUGGUUACCAGGGACCCCCAAAGCAGACUGGUUACCAGGCGCCCCCAAAGCAGACUGGUUACCAGGCGCCCCCAAAGCAGACUGGUUACCAGGCGCCCCCAAAGCAGACUGGUUACCAGGCGCCCCCAAAGCAGACUGGUUACCAGGCGCCCCCAAAGCAGACUGGUUACCAGGCGCCCCCAAAGCAGACUGGUUACCAGGCACCCCCCAAGGACACUGGUUACCAGGGGCCCCCCAAGCAGACUGGUUACCAGGCACCCCCCUGGCAGCAAACUAGUUACCAGGCGCCCCCCUGGCAGCAAACUAGUUACCAGGCGCCCCCCAAGGAGACUGGUUACCAGGCGCCCCCCAAGGAGACUGGUUACCAGGCGCCCCCCAAGGAGACUGGUUACCAGGGCCAGCACCAUACGGUAUCUCCAUGAAUGACUUCUGCAGUCUGCAGCUUCCCGUCUGAAAAUAAACUGAUUCUUAAAAACUGUUUAGUCAUUGUCUUUGCUUCGGUUAAUAAGAAUUUCAGUGUCUUGACAUCGUUUUCUGUUUGGUAAUGAGGUUACAGGACAAUUGUCCACUGAACUUGUAUCCUUGUUGGUGGUUCAUACUGCCCUCGCUGGCUGGUUUAAGGCGGAAGGACACUUUCAGAAAAUCUGGAGCAGAAAUUGAAGCUCCUCAUCUUCUGAGGCAACCGCCUCCAUUUGCUCGACAGCGACUGGAUACAUCCCACCUCUAUCAUGCUUGUUUGCAGGCUACACUUAAAAUAUCUAAAGGACAUUUUGCUCAUGCUCUGUGUGUACUUUAAGGAAUGAUGGCUUUCACAUGCCUCACUGGGUCCAAGAUGAGUACAGUUUCUCCAUUGACCUAUUGUGACGGUUUGAUUACAACCAUUUGGUAACCAGUAGUCCAGCCUGUUGGUACACAUAUAGAUAUUUGCUGUUAGGCAUGAGUAUCCUGACUGCAGUACCAUGGACCACAAUGCGCAAAUAAAUCGAUG